AGAGUCUCAGAUAUGAGAUGAAUCCGAGUUUGGGAUGUAGGAUAUUAGUGGUUUCCACUCUCAGCACCUUUGCUAUGUGAUGGCAUCUGUCCCAAGGACUAAAACAUAUGAAUCCAAGUGGGAGCCAUAAGCCAUCCUCACAGUGACUGUUCCUCCCGUGGCCGAGGAAGGGAGCUGGAGAUAUUGCUCUAACCUUGCUUGAGUGGUGUACUUCCCAAAGCUGGAGUCGUUCAGGCUACAAUAUCACCUGGGACAGCCGCAACUGGAGAGUCUAGAGCAGGCUUUGCUCUGCCAAGUUCAAUGAACAAUCUCAGAUGGGCUAAGGACAACUUAGCUUAAGGGCUUGGUGGGACCUUGGCCCCAUGAAACAGAAGGCAAGAUGAAAAAGCCGGGAGUAUGUGGGUUUAGCAUGCAGGGAUGGGCUAGCAGUGGGCUGCCCUUGGGGUGGAUGUGCCUAAUAUUGCUAUUUGGCCACUAUUAUAAUAUGAAUUCAAGGGAGGGACUCUUUUCCUUCUUUUUCUUUUUCCUGUUGAGGGGGCUUGUGGUCUAGGUGGGCUGGGGGAUGAGAAUAUACAAAAUAGGGAUGGUGUUUUUAUUAUUUUACAAAGUAAUAUUAGUCGUACUUUACCCUAGCUUUUAGCUGUGUCCCUGAGUCCAAUUGCAUACAGAACCCAAUAAAGAGAUACCUAUCUAUUCACGGCUAUACAAAGACACAACAGAGCCUUGACAUUACUGGCUUUCAGGGUGGAAGGGGAACCAUAUAAGUAUUUACCCCUUCUGCACAGCUACCCUGGGGUAGUGGGGGGGUGGCGUUUGAUGUAACCAACAAUGAGGUAGGGACUCAGUAAGAGAUCAGAUCUGUCCCAUUCCCAACCAGUUUGUACUCAGCAAUCUCAGGUUCUUCCAUGUUUUUCCCUUUAAGCUCAUAGUGAUCUACUCUAAUCCUGCAGUGAUCUUCCUCGCUCCCCUCUGAGCUGUCCUUGGAUUCUUGGAGUUCUCUGAGUUCCUAGAAGAAGUGGUAGUUGGCUCCAGGGUGGUCUUUUAUCUCCUGAAAAUGUGCUAGUUCUUGAACCUGAGAAGGCAGAUGAGGGGGGUCCAGUCUUGACCUCCAAAGACAGCCUGCCGACACAGGUGUUGAGCCCCUGUGGCCCAGCCUCUGCCCCAACUGGCUUGGCAGGUGGGGCGCAAGCAGGCUGGGUCCUCCAGAAGAGGCUCAGAGCCCAGUCACCUUAGUGCCUGGUCACAGUUUAUAAAAAAGAAGCGGGCGGUGGAGAAGGAGGCUUUUGCCAGGCUCUUAUUGGCAAUAAAUCAAAUAAAUUUUCAUGGCAGUGACCCUUGAUUGGCGGCAUUUGGAAAGAUUCCCUCUGUGUUUUCCAACUUUCAAAGAUGAGUGUGCAUUAGUUGUGUCGAAAUUGCAUGGAAAUUAACAAGGACUCUGGCCAGGGAAACCUCAGCGUGUACUAAGACAGGUGGCUGGACUGGAGAGAGCCACAUGGGGGGUCUUUUGUUUGGGGGAGGGGAGUGGGUGCUUUGGGCAUCCUAGCAACUCCCAUCCCAUUACCCACUCAAGCUUCCUUGCACGGCUCCUAUCUCUUGGCCGGAAGAGACCCUGGUUGCAGGGCUGGCUGGUGGCCAUUCAUGCCCCUGACGGGGCUGCCCUGUGCCUGGGAUCUCACCGCUUGACUCUAGCCCUCUCUCCACAGUGGGUUUUCUGUGUUUGGAGCCGGGAUACUGGGGCUGCUUCACUUCUUCUGGCCUCAGCUUGUGUCUGUACAUACAGGCUUGUCUGACUGGUUUGUUUUCUUAGAAGCCAAUGGUUCUAUUGUUGAGUUUGGCAUCUCGUCCGGCUCUGAGAUAGGAGAGGAAGUUUGGUCUUUGAACGUCGGUAGAUGGCCUUGCUAAGUGACAGCAGUGUGAUUUAGGGAAAUGACACUGACGCUCGCUCACAUCCACGGCACCCUGCGGGGCUGCUCUACUCCUAGAGGCUUGGACAGUGUGGCCAGCUGUGCUGAUGCCCACAGUCAGGUGGACAGAGCAAGGCUAUCCGUCAAGCUGCAAGCCACUCAUCACCUUCAGAAAGUUCACCUGGGGAUGUCUCCCCACCUCCCCAGGCCGCUGCGUGAGCCAGUGAGCCGCUUGGGAGCCUAACAUCUGCCCAGGCUGCACCUCUGUGUCUGGUUUUAGAGGGGCUCCUGAGGCCCUAACCCUCCAUGUUCUGGGAACAGAUUUCACUAAUAACUCCUCGCAUGUCCAGUUCAUGCUCUGAGUCUGUCGUGCCCUCUCAUAAGGUGUUUGUGGCACCAGGUGUGCCACGCUCUCAGCCCAGGGAGUGGGACAGAGAGAAGGAAGGAGGAAGGAGAGGGGAACUGGAGAGGGAAGAAUCUGGCCGUUUGGAGAGAACAAAGCAGGCUGCCGUUUCUGCUAUUUGCAAAUCCUCUGAGCCCUUGAACUGCAGGGCAGUGAAGCAGAACUCAGAUUCACCAGGGAUUCAGGAAAGCAAAGCUCUGUGCCCUGUAGUGGGGGAUGGGGGGCAGAGCAACAUCUGUACCAGAUCCACAUCCACCAGGUAAAUGUGGCUGUGGAGGCUGAUCCGUGAUACGUUAGAGAGCUGGGCAUAAGAGCAGAUCAAGAAGUUAGAGCUGGGAUUCAAGAGGAGACUUCAGCCAAGACCUCACGUUUAUACAGUUGAUCCCACGGGCUUACAGAAAUCUCCUGGGGCAGUAAGCUUGGGGAUUUUCAUCUCUGCUUUACCACUAGAGGAAUGAGGUGGACGUCUCUUGACCUUCGUGGGAGAAGCUGUACGUUGGCGCUUGGACUUUGGUGCUUUGUAAGCUGGUGGCCCCAAAUCUUGCACGCCUGUAUCCCAUACACAUGGAAGCCAUGACACGUUGGAGCGCUUUCCCUUUAAAUUGGGACCCUAUCCAUUUACUUUGAUUCGGCAACCCAUGGGCAAGCCUACAGGAGCAGGGGCCUCUUGUUCUUGCAUUGAGGGGGCAUGUCUAGCCUACUUCUGCAGGCAAGGACACAGUGAAACCACUCUAGAAAAUUUGACUAAUGUGCGGAAAACAAGAAAAUGAGUAAAUCAUUACUUGUGGUUUAUUCCAACAAAGAAGACAACUAUUUACUUACUGAGCAGACUUUCCCUUGAUUAUAGGCCAUUAGUGGCUCCCAGAUUGUUGACAUUUGAUUCGAAAUUCAUAGGUGUGAGUUUUACAAAGUUUGCAUUUUACACCAGGGAGGAGCUAAGCUCGCUUAGUUUGUUAAUGUGGAAUUAUAUACUCUAGUUCAUUUGAAACAGAAUUUGUGGGACUGCCUUGUACGAGGCACUAAGAAUAGGAGGACACCUGCUGGUACUCUUAGGGAGCACGAGGCAGUCAUGUGGCUGUACAGGGUGGUAAUUGCCCCCGGGGAGGUAGGUACCCUUCUCUGCCUGGGGGAAGCUGGGAGGAAAGGUGAUCCCUGGGGUGACAUCAGAGUCGGCCCUUGAGGGAUAAGUAGGAGUUCACUAGGGCAGCAAGGAAGGGCAUUCCAGGAUGGAGGAACAGCAGUGCUAAGGCUCCAUGUGUGAGGCUGGCCUAUGCUGGGAGUUGCAAGUGGUUGCAUGCGGCUGGAGCUGAUUGAGGUGUGUUAGGAGGGGACCUGGGAGGAGACGAGAGGGGGAUGAAGGGUAGAUUGGUGCCACCAGUUUACAAAGGGCCUUUUAGAUAGAAUAAGGAGUUUGAUCUUAUCCCACACACCACGGGUAACAAAUGUUUUGUAUUUUAGACCCAUUGAUCCAACUGUGCUCCGACUGUCAAGCCUUGUUCACGUUUCCUUCAUUGCUUACUUGGAUUGUACCGCAGAUUCCUUAGAGAAUGCAUAUCGAUGAAGGAUCGUUUAGGUACAUCCCACGAUCCAGCCUAGCCCCGUCACAGCUUCCUCUCUCCUUUACCGGGAAGCACGCAGGCCUCGCGGAUGUCCCUUGCUUACUUACUUCUCGACCUGACCACGAACCAGUGUCUCCGCUUGGUCAGUGUUGGCAUCCUGCUUGCCUGGUGCCUGGUACCCUAGAGCCUGUUCUGUCUUUCGGGAGCAAUCCCUCCCCUGUCACAUCAUCAACACCUACUUAUUCACCAGGUCCCACCUCAGGAGCCUUCCCCAAUUCCUGCAGAGUAAAUCAGUCCUCAGAUGAGAGCUGGCCAUCGCCCUGGGCAUUUCUUGUUCUUUGUCCUUGUUCCCUUUUGCAAUGGCUUUGAUAUUUGUCUUUCUCAAGCUCCUGAGCUCCCCAAAGGCUGGGCUGCAUCUCCCCUACCUGCCACCAUAUCUCUGGUGCCUAGCAGGACACCAGGCAUUACUGGUGAAUGGAGGGAGGGGGAUUCAUUUAGAAAUUUCUCGUAGGAGAUCAGCUGAGAGAGAAAAGGGCUUGCGUGAAGCCGGUGACAGUGCGGAUGGAGAGGAGAGGGCUGCGUAGGGCCAUAUCUCUAGGGUAGCACACGCUGACCAUGCUGGAUGUGGUGUCCUGGAAGACUGGGCAGAGGUCAAGAUGAUGUAAUGGACUGCGAAAACAUUUUGCCUCCACAUUCUUACCCCUGCCCGAGGAACAAUUUUGUCUUGCUCUCUGUUCUCAGAUCAGAACCCCAAGGGGAUGAAAUGAGAGAUGAAUUAAGGAGCUCCAAUACCCUAAUAGCCUACACGGUCCAAGUUCCAAAAUAUUGAUGAAGCGUACUAAGAUUUACUCAGUGAACCUAACGUAGCAUCUACCAGUAAGCAGAACAAUCAUGUGUAAGUUACCCUGAGUUCUUCCCCAUAGGGCUGGCGUUCAGUUCAGUUCUGAGGUUGACUUCCUAAGUUGCCCCUGAAGAAUCUUUUGUUUUGAAAUCAGUAGCUCUAAAAUUAGACCAGGAGUUUUUUUUUUUUUUUUGCGGUACGCGGGCCUCUCACUGUUGCGGCCUCUCCCGUUGCGGAGCACAGGCUCCGGACGCGCAGGCUCAGCGGCCAUGGCUCACGGGCCCAGCCACUCCGCGGCAUGUGGGAUCUUCCCGGACCGGGGCACGAACCCGUGUCCCCUGCAUCGGCAGGUGGACUCUCAACCACUGCGCCACCAGGGAAGCCCUAUUUUUUCUUUUGGAUAUCUGUAAAUUUGGUGUAAUAAAUGACAAAUAUGUAACAUAAGGAUAUGCCAGUGGGCUCCAACAUGAGGAACAAUCUUAAAACUUUCCUCUCUCUCGUAAUUUCUUUCAACCUGCAAAUGUUAACAUUGAUUUCCAAAACGUGUGGUAUAUGCCAGAAUGUUCCGAUUCUGACUUGAACAUGACUAUCAGAACGCUCCAAUUUGGGAUCUCCAAGGAAAAUUCUUGUCCAGUCAGGAAAACAAAACCGCACUAGCUAUUUCAAACAGAUGGCAUUUAACACAGAGGAUUAAUUACACAGGAACUGGAAAGCUGAAAUAAUCCAAGAAUUAAUCACUGUGAGAACAGCUACCAUCUCUAGGGCUGGGGAACACAAGAGAAGAGGUGGGCUUACCUGGCCUAAGAGAGGCCCUGAUGGAGGCACCAAGCCGGCAGGACUGCCACAGUGGAGGGGACGCGACCGUUGGGGUGGAGUGUGGAUGGCUGGUGGGUGGUCUGACUGCAGGGGGACAUGACCAGGCUGCUGGCACCUCUGCGAGGCGGGCAGAGCUGGUGCUGGACCUCGGAAGGGGUGCAGUGAGGCUGGUCUCAGCAGUAACGAAGGAGGCUGGGGGUGGGAGUCAUCCCUCGGUGCUCUCUCCCUCCUGGCUUUCCCAUCUACCUCCUUUGGCAGAACCACUGGAAGCCAGUGGGUAGGGGUGCCUGGGAAGAGUGGUCUAGAGAAGGGGUGCAGUGAGGCUGGUCUCAGCAGUAACGAAGGAGGCUGGGAGCCAUCCCUCUGUGCUCUCUCCCUCCUGGCUUUCCCAUCUGCCUCCUCUGGCUGAGCCACUGGAAGCCAGUGGGCAGGGGUGCCUGGGAAGAGUGGUCUAGAAAGCCCGGUCCCAGCGUGGCAGAGCAUCUGCGACUGGCCUGUGCCUAGGGGCCAGGGUGGAUAACCAGAUUCACAAAAACAGAUUUGGGGGCAGGCCAAUUUCGAGGCUCCACGGAAUCAGUCCCACCGUUUAAAGAGUGAGGCCUCCUGAGUUGUAUUCUGGUAAGCUUAUCUUGCAAAAGUCAGAUAAAGUUAAGCUCCUGCAGAUAGGAAUGAAGGGGGUGGACAUUCUCAUUUGUCAGUCACUGGAGGAGAGCCAGGUCAUCAUUUGGGCCAAAGGAGCAGAAACGGUGGACCUCAGACAGGUGGGGAGGGACCACCUGUCUCUUUAGGCCAUGGUCUUUCCGUUUGGACUUGGAGAGGUCAGGAUCUUCCCAAGAGCACUUCCCCGUGGUGGGGGCCUCGGAUGACCUCCCUUCCUAAGGGCCCACUGGGGGCUGUGGUGGAGCUGAGUAAGCCACUGUCUCUGCCCCGGGGGCCUAGAUCCUGUCACUCUCUGCAUUCAUAGCCCUUUGUUCUGAGGAAAGACGUGUAUUGCGGCAUCAUGGGGCACCAGGGGCCACGGGGCCAUGGCACUGGCAGCUGUGGUCCCAUGGGGAGAGCACUCCAGGGGUCCCCGAGCGAGGGUUAUCGAGGCCACUGUUCCUCCCCAGGGAGGCACUCUCUUUGUUGCCAGUCUCAAAGAUGUGGGGCUUGAUUUUAUUAAUGAAAACUGGGGAAGAGACCCCGAGGAUCUGAUAGUAGGAAUGGAGCUUGGAAUUCCCUUGUUCCCUCCAGAUACUUCCUUGUCAUGUGGCUUUUCCUGGACGUGUCUCUGCUGUGCCAGCUCUGUCAACCCCAGAGGCCACCUUCCUCAGAGAUGCCCCGAGGGCCAGAGGGCUCUGGGGCUGUGAGUCUGUGGGGACACUUUCUGUGCCAGGCACACAUCUCCCGCCUCAGCCCCCAGCCCCGAUCUCCCCAUUUUUCUUGGUCACUCUCAUUCAAGGCAAGAGAAGAUGCCCUAUGCAAGUCUCCCCGGAGGAUGGAGACAGGAAGUUACAUGGGUGACAGCAGGGGCUUUGCUAAGAAGGUUUUCAUUGCCAGGGGGCUUGAGGGCACUGGCAUCUGAGGGUGAGAGGAGGGUGCCAGGCGGGGGUACAGUGGGUGUGGGCAAGGUGGGGAGAGACUGGAGCUGUCAGUGAUUCUACCUGAGGCUCGGCUGGAAUUGCAAGCCCUUGCUUCCUGACGUGCAGGACCCAUGGCUCAGAGGAGAAGCUGCAAUCAGGGAGCGUGUGUCCGCCCCACUCCAUCCCUCACUGACUCGGAGGCCUUUGGAGAUAAUCCCGCACAGUGUUUUUCUAGAUUUUUUUUAGCAGAUGUCCUCUGCAGUGUGCCGUCCCCGUCAGCCCGAGGAGAAGAUGUGGUCCAGCUUGGUGUUUGGGUAAUGGAGCGUGUUUUCUGAGAGUCCCCACGUCUCCCUCCUUGCUUCCCCUCUCGGGGAAGGGCGCUGGCUCAGUUCAACCCUGUCAUUUUACAAAUGAGGAAAUCCAGGCUCAAGAUGGGGAGAGGGUCGCAUCUGUGCUCGUAGCAGAGCUGGGCAGGAUCUGAGGUUCACCCGCAUCCGGCGCUCAACUCCCCUCCCCACCCCACCCCCCGCCCCUGAGGACUGGGCCCUGAGUCUGCUGAGCCCCAAUUGGCCGGAUUUCUUUUGGGUGCUUACUGGGAGAAAAUGAUAUUAAAAGUAUCACACUAGGUGCUGCUAUACCGGCUGAAGUGUCACAGAGAAAAUCAACUCUUGUAAGGAUGCCAAGCCCAGGAUAGGUAAGUGUGAGGAUGAGACAGUGAGGUCUUAUCCAAGGUGAGGCUUCACGAAUAGACAGCAGGAGCAGCUGGAGAGAGGCCAUGUGGCCAGCGGGGCUCUGGGGGUCUUGGUCUUGAAUUUAGACUCUCCCUGGCAUAGAGCCCUGCUCCUGGACAGGCAGCAUAGAGGCAGGGACCCCCCGCCCCCCCACCCCUUGGGUCAUACCUCCACCGCCUUACCCUAGGCUCCCUUCUGGCUGUGCUCUGUGUUACAACUAUUUCCCUUGUUGAUCUACCUGUAAAAUACAGGUAUAGGACAGGACGUCUGGCUGGCUGCAGGUCAUGUGCCUUUGUACCUGGGGGUCUGGAAGAUGGGCAUGUGUGCGCACCUAGAUAGGUGUGUGUGUACCUGGACAGAUAUGUGUGUACGCAGGCAGGCAUGUGUGUGCAUGGGCAGGGGUGUGCGUGUACCUGGGCAGACGCUUGUACAUGUGCAGGUACGUGUGUGUGUGCAUGUGCAGGCAUGCGUGUGUACCUGGACAGAUACGUGUGUUUAUGGGCAGGGGUGUGUGUACAGCGUACACGGUAGCUGUCACCCAGCCGUCCUUUCAGGAAGGAAGCACACAGCAGAGCCCCUGCUGCCCACUCUUCCUGGGCACUGUCCAUCCAACCCCACAUCUGGAGAGGGGGUUCCUGCAGUCACCUGCACCUGAGGAGCCCAGCUCUUCUCCCCGGUCUGGGAGACUGUGUGCAGGACUCACUCGGAUGGGCAGUGCCUGGGUCCACGGCCCUGCAGUUCUGAUUCAAACCACCUAGCCCAAGGUCCCCCCGGGGUUCCUGGCUGCACUUUUCCACCUUCAUUGCUCCGCUUCCUUGCUGAAGAGAGAGUCUGCAGAGAGCUGCUCCAGCAGCCGGGAGCAGUGGACGGAGCAGCAGCAAAGGCAGCAGAAGGCGCAGCACCGGCACCCUCCAAAUUGGGACUCUAGCCCUUUAAAUCUUCUCAGUUACCAAAACAGAAGAGGCAUCAGACCCUGUUAAUUAAAGCUCGCCCUGGCCCAUCAUUCUGAGGAGCUGCAGUGCUCCGCUCCUUCCUGAUGGCUUAGAGAUUCUCCUUAACUCCCAGCCAUGGAUCUUGGAGAGUUUCCCCCGAGAUCAGCAGGAGAUGGAGUGGUGCCCAGACCAGAUGAGCCUUUGAGAAAACCACUCUGCUGGAGUGUGAUGCUGGGAGCCCCAUCCCUUGGCCACCGGAUAAGCUGGUAGAGAGAGGAUGGCAACUUGGAUAGAGUAUUCUAUUGGCUAUGGAGACAAGGGAGAAGAUGCCUUUUCACCACGUGACGGCCGGCCUGUUGUACAAGGGGAAUUACCUCAACCGAUCUCUGUCUGCUGGCAGCGACAGCGAGCAGCUGGCUAACAUCUCUGUGGAGGAGCUUGACGGGGAUGGUCAGGUGGAUUUUGAUGAAUUCAUGACAAUCCUUGGCCCCAAACUGGUGUCUUCAGAAGGUCGCGAUGGUUUUCUUGGAAACACGAUAGAUAGCAUAUUCUGGCAGUUCGACAUGCAGAGGAUAACUCUGGAAGAGCUGAAGCACAUCCUCUAUCACGCCUUCCGGGACCACUUAACGAUGAAGGACAUUGAGAACAUCAUCAUCAACGAGGAAGAGAGCCUGAAUGAGACCUCGGGGAACUGCCAGACGGAGUUUGAGGGCGUGCAUUCCCAGAAGCAGAACAGACAGACCUGCGUCCGGAAGAGCCUCAUCUGCGCCUUCGCCAUGGCCUUCAUCAUAAGCGUCAUGCUGAUCGCGGCCAACCAGAUCCUCCGGAGCGGCAUGGAGUAGCGGCCUCCCAGGCAGCUGCGUUCCCGGCUCACGCAUGUGCUUGCCCCGCGGGCAGACUCUUCCUCCACAAAAAAAGCAGAUACGGACGGUGCAGACGCGGCACAGUCCAGCGAAGAACCCAAGGUUGCAGUGCAACCCGUGUUGUUGCAAACCCACUUCAUCCCCUUGGCAGGUACACAAAAGGGCUGUCUUCAAUGCUUUAAUGGUCUUGUUUCCUAAUGCAAUAAAUAGCCAGGAGUUCCGAAUGAUCGCUUCGACCGCCUGUAGGAACUCUAAAGAGAAACUCCAUCUUCAUCUCGGAAUUCCCACGGCCAUCCAGGUUGGCGGGGUAAGGCAGCAAGAGAGAGGCGGAACACGCAAUCACCUCCGCGCGCCGUCCUCUCAACCCAGGGGUCAACUGGAGACUCCCUCCCUCCCCCACCCCAGGGCAACCCUCAGUGCCGAGAAGCUGACUUCUGAGUUGCUGCAGAAGUGGGGGCUUCCCGUCCUACCCUGGCUUCCUUCCCCAACCUAGUGGAGGCCCCCCGGCAAGGCAUGAGGGGAAAGCCAUCGGACGGGGUGCAGCACCCAGCGGUCUGCAAGUUGCACCCCCUUCGCUUCUGUUCUACUGCCUUUUCUACAGGACUCUUGUUGGCAGAGUUGGGGAGCUCUCGGUUUCCGUCGGCACUUGGCUUUCUGUUCCUAGAGCCCAUCGCGCACCAGCAUUUUGGAAUCUGCAGAGAGCCUUUCUCCCAGCUUUGCCGCCUGUGCUGCCAUUUAGACAAAAAAAAGAAGCAUAACCGUGGGCAUCUCUAUCACAUAGACACACAGACAGACGUAUAUAUUGGGUUUCUUCAUGUGUGACAUCCAUCGUCCCUAAUUGCUUUACUGCUGAUAGAAGCUUGUCCUCCGACACACAUCCCUGCCUCCCUGGGGUGGGUAGUUUGGGGAUGGAGAGGGACGUAGGCUGGUGGUGAGGAGGUAUGGCAAGCCACGCCCCAGUGGUCCAGAGUGAUGGAGUCCAAACCCACCUCCAUGCUGGGAGACCUCUGCAAGUGAAGGUCCUUGUGCAUCUCACCUUUCUCUCAUCUUCCAAUUUGCUUUCUUAGUCUGUCUUCCCAGAUAGAAUGAGAAACACCAACCCAAACGGAAAGCUGGAAAGAUCAAACCACUGUAUUUUACAUAACAUCUUCAGGCAGUCAGAUUCUGCAACUGACUCAUUUUCACAAGAAAACAAAAAGAUGCUAAUGAGCUUAGCCAACUCGACAGGUGAAAUACUUCUGUUGGGGAAGGGAACUGAAGCCAACCCCCUUUCAAGUUUGCAAUUUCCUGACUUUUCCCAGAUGCCACAUCCACCGCUGCUAUUCAUUCCAGCUUGCGUAGUCUGAUUAGCCAAUAACCUUUCGCUGUCAUUCUUCCCUCUGUACGUUUCCAAGCUCAGGUCUUUAUUUCUGUGACUGGAGUUGUCUUACUCUUCUUUCUUUCCAUUGCAUCUUAAAGCUACAAGCUAUUCCCCUCUCCCUUUUCCCUUUUCGUUCAGUAUGGAGGUGCCAGAAUUUUUCCUCUCUUGCUGCAGCCGGGUGGUUCUGGGGUGUGGUGUGUGUUUAUGAAUCCCUCCUCAAGCCUCCCCUCUCUCUCUGCUCUCUCCCUCUGAUCUGCUCAGACUUGGAACGUACAAGGUCUCAGUUUGGGGUCUUCUUCCAAAUCACCUCUGCAAGCACUUUGGGCAGCAGCCUGGGAGCAACUCUAGAAACCUCCCCACUGCAAAUACCCACGAUGAGCACAAGUAAAACUAGGGUUCGAGCCGUAGGAUGGAGGAGGGAGCAGGUGUAAGCUCCCGGGCACCUGGGAGGUUUCAAGUCCCUCUGCGAAAAUGCCUGGUGUCCCACACAUCCAGGCCGAGUAAGGCAAUGGCCUGCCUGUCCCUGUAGCCCGCCCUGCCCCGCUAGACACUUCACGUCUAUCUAUCUCUCCUCUCUCCCCUCUCACCAGACUCACCUCGGUCCCUCAGGACCAGGCUUCAGAACGAGAACAGGUCCAAAUGCAGAAUACAGACACACAGGACAAAUUUAUAUUUAGUUUCUGCCCAAAGCAGUUUGCUCUCUCUCUUUAGGUGGGAGGGACCCCGUGAAUGACUUGGCCAUGUCCUCCUGGGGAGCGGGGUGAGAGACCCCAAGUAGACUGGAUAGAGACCCCAGGCAUGAUUCUUAAAGGACCCUGCCCUGUGAGAGGGCAGUGCUGGACUUCAGGGCAAAAGAAAUGAGUACUUCUUUAAAGGCUACAGGUUCUUCUGCCUCCUACUGGGGAGCAGGGACCUUGAAGGAUGUGAGGGUUAGACUUCAUUGGAAGAGCAAUUAGCCGCUGUGCAAGGGUGUGAAUUAAACGGCAACCUGAGAGACACCAACAGCCCGUUCCCCACCAAGUCCUUCGCAUCCUCUCCCUAAAGGACCAUUUUCCUCUCUCCCAGUGAGUCCGUGGAACCGAGUCCAUCCUACCCAGGAGAAGGCAUCCCUUGUGGGUGUUGCUAGGGAGGGAGGGUGAGAAAGAAGCCAUAGAAUUCUCUUUGAUGGGCUAGAAGUGAACCUCCUGCCGUGGUCACCUCACACGUGGCGCCAGGAGCUGAGUGUGUGGGAACGUCCCAGAGCUAACGGCACCCCGGAGACUCUGGGCACCGAGAUCCUGUAGCUUAGCAGCUUUGCCUGGACGGUCUGUCAACGGUGUUGGGCUGAAAAUACUGACUUCCCACCGCCCCACCCCCAAGUUCUGUCCACACCAGUGUUCCUCCAGGGCCUCAGGCCAGCCAGUGCCUUCCCCACGGGAGUUACUGUGCUCACGGAUGAAGACUGUAGAAGUCCUGGUCCCCCAUGUCCACGGUGUGCCGUGUGGCCCUGGCUGGAAGUGACCUUUGCAGGAACUGAGCGGGAGAAACGCAACGCUCACUCUGUCCUCCCAGCAAAUAGACUUAAGAGUCUGUUAUGGGGUGGCUGAGAGACUGGCAAACCGAGCGUGGCUCAUUCUUGCCUCCACCCCUGACCACGUGAGUGAUGAUCAGGGAGGCACUUUGCUUGGGGGACAAGGGGUGCAGACCCUGACCCUUUGACCCCCAAAGGAGCUGUCUCUCAUCACUCCCAGAGCCCCCAAACAGGACCUAGCAUGGGAACUAUUAACCGUGGCUUCCAGAAUGUGCGUGGGUCCCACAUGACCUAUCUGUGUUUAACAAAAAAAAAAAAAGGAUGUUGCCAUGGCAACCCUUGCAUUCCACCCUGAGUUUGCCAAGGCACACAAAAAUAGGGAACAUUUCCUUAAAGAACAAACACUUGAGUUCUGCCUGCUUGCAUCCUGACUCCCUGAAUCUGUAUCCCACUGGUGGGAGAAAUUAGCCUCCAAGGAUCUGGUCAUUUCUCUGCCUUUUCCUCUUCUGUUUGGACCUGUCCUUCCAUUGGCUCAGGAGAACAGGAGCUACCUGUGAGCCGGGUGGUACCCUCCCCACUUCCCAGAGCCCAGAGCAAAGACCCCUUAUUCUGGGCAAAAAGGCAGAAAUGCCAUCUGGAAGACAAAAAAUAUUUUAAGCCCCAGUCUUUAAAAGCAUCUGUUUGCCUGUUGAGAAGCUCUCCCACAAGCCAGACAUGUGAACUAAAGUGAACUGAGGUUUACGUGUGGUCUCCGGCAAGCCAGUGGUUUGCAGAGUUUCUAGGUGUUUUAUUUGCAGAGAACAAGAUGUGUGCGACACGUCUUCUUUCUUGAUACCUGCUUCCUGUCUCAAUUUUCGCCUGACAAAUGGUCUCCUCUCUGCAGUUAGCCGAGAGAGCCUAAUGAAAGAUGGCAAGCUCGUCCUGAUGAUCACGCCCCCAUCCCAACCUCCCAUCCACAGAAUCACAAAACGAUAUAUCAGACGCCUGGGAGAGAAAUGUAUCUUUUAUUCCAAAUGCCUUUUCUAGGUUCAGUCCAGACUCAGGUCAUAAAUCAAAGAGAGUUUUGCUCUUAACCCAUAGCUAGCAGCCUCCCCGGGACCGUAUGAGGACAUGACCAGAAAAGUAAGGUGUGACCGCCAAGCUCCUCAGCUUGGCGGGCAUGGCCUUGUGUGGUUGCACACUGUAAAGCCCCGUUCCGCUGUGCUCUAGCUCUCCAUGCCUGCUGAAGCUGCCGAGGUCUGCUCCUUCCAGCUGGAGGUCUCAAACCAUAUUAGGUCAUUUUACUGCACUAUUUCUCCCAAAGCCCUUAGUGAUCAUGUUAUUUAUUCUGUUCCACUAAGAUACACAAAAGGUCUGGAACCCCACUGCGAAAAGGAGGGGCCCCCUUUCCUAUAAUGCCAUGACGAUACAGAUAGACUUAAGCUUCUAGACUUUGGCAUAUACUGGUUGUGUCACCAGGCGGACCGCGGGACCGUCUUCCCUGGAGAACAUCUAUCUGAAAUGACCUCAGAUCAGAGAUUUCUCAUUGGCCUCUUCUGUGAUCCUCCCAGGGCUUAGCCUCCAUAACCUAAAGGUGUUGCCGUAGCUAUCCUCCCAGACCGCCUCAACUCCCUCCGGAAGGCGAAAAAAAAAUCCAUCAGAAACAGAAAAGAAACAUUAUUCCGCAGCUAGGGGUUUCAAUUUGAAUUAUUUAAAGCAAUGGCAAAAUGCAGGGAGGUUGAGGCUGCCUUGAAGCACUCUGUCUCCAUGACAAUUUAAAUGUCAGAAGUGUUCAGCUUCACUUCUUACUUCCUUUGACUAAGUCACUCAGGGGACUGUCCUCCGUUAUGUGGCCUUGUCAUAGACACUUGGUUUGGAGGGAAAAGGUCAGGCACUGAAACCAGCCAAGCAUUUCUCUCAGUAUCCUAUGCUCCAUGCCAAGUCCAUGGUCAUUGAAACAGCCGUGGUUUCUACUGAAUACUGGUUUGGGACCCUCUUUAUAAGGUCUCAAGAGUCAUGAUAACAAUGCUCAAAAAGUCUUGGAGGCAAAAUUAAUUUGAUUCAGGGCUUCCCUGGUGGCGCAGUGGUUGAGAGUCCGCCUGCCGAUGCAGGAGACAUGGGUUCGUGCCCCGGUCCGGGAAGAUCCCACAUGCCGCGGAGCGGCUGGGCCCGUGAGCCAUGGCCGCUGAGCCUGCGCAUCCGGAGCCUGUGCUCCGCAACGGGAGAGGCCACAACAGUGAGAGGCCCGCGUAACGCAAAAAAAAAAAAAAAAAAUUAAUUUGAUUCAGUUGGCUUGAAAUAUAGUCACAAAGAAUCGGGUUCUGCCAGUUCCCCCAUAGACAGUCCUCUGAAACUGGGAAAGACCUGCGAAGCAUCCUGACCCCUGCCUCCGCCUUGGGUAGCUAAGCCGUUGAGUGGGCCCCCCAUGCUGGGCAUAGCCCUCAUCCACCUCUUUCCCUUGAGCCUGAUGUGUUGGCUUUCAAACCUGUGCUUCUCACACUGUUAGACUUUAUUGUCCAAGUGAAACAGAUGCAGAGGCUGGAAUUUUCCAGGGGGCAGAGCAGCAGGUUAAUUAGGAAGGAAUAUUCCAGGGACUGAAAAAUUCAAGUGCGUUGCUGCUCCAUCCCUGGGCCUGGGAGUGAAACAGAAAGUCUUUAAAGGGCCGCUGAGGCUGAUCUCUGAACGUUUUCCCUGUACGUCUGGUCUCCUAUGGGAGCGUACAGGGGUUUGAGGGCCAUGGGGCUGCUGCCCAUAACCUGAUCCCAACGACAUGUGCUGGGAACUUCAAGAGGUGGCUGGUAGCCUGCCGUGCCUUGGGGGCUGCUGACCUUUGCCAAGGUCAAAAUGCCUUUCCCAGGGUGCACUGUCUGGGCUCAGACCGGUUGAACUGAGGCGAAGAGAGAAGACCUUAGCCCUGGACGUGUAAGAAGCGCUGUCAGCCAGGAAGGGCACAGGAGGCAGGGCCCCAGGUGCUUUUGCCACCCACCAGCCAGAUAAUUCUGAGUGACUCCCCUUCCCAGCCUCAGGUGUCUCAUCUCUAAAGCAAAGGGAAAGGUCAACCAGAUGACUCAAAAGAGCCCUCCUCUUGUGACUGUCCGAAACAAAUCAAAGUGAAUGCCCACACUUUGAGAGGGUCCUUAUGUCCCCUAUGAAUUGCAUUAGGGACCGGCAGUUUCAUUUUUUUUAAACACAAAUCCCAAGAGGCAGUUGUAAUAAGCUAUCUCUUUAGGUGUCCGUUGUCUGGAGAUGAAAGAUGCAAGUCGGCUUCUGUCGAGUGUGUCUUGUAGGCAAGAGGUUUUAUUUACUCCCUAAGGACUUGCUGAUUCAAGGGAGCAUCCAAGAUGGGCUUUGUGUCCUGCCUGAGCCAGUGUCACAAUGAAGGACGUGGGAAUCACCUUACCACAGGUCCCGUGAAUCAGAAUUCCUGCCUAAGUAGGGUGAGACAAAGCCAGAUUCCAGGAGAAGAUGCUGCUUCCCCAUCUGAAAAAGCCUAACUGGAAGUUACUGAAUAAACAGCACAACUUCUGAUCAUUUCUUUCUCUUUUUUUUCUGACCCAUGGAACAGCAGUUCCCGUAUAUAGGAUAGUGGCUUGUAAUUAUUCGUAACAUUGCAGAAGGGAGUCACCAUCUCUGGGGAUUGUUAGGGAUUUGAUGAAGAGUCUGCGGAGACCAGACGCCUGCGGUGGUCCUUAGGUGGUUCAUGAGCGAUGCUGAGCACAAGCGCCUGCUUUAGAUGCGAUCCAACCACGAGGAGGGAUAAAGGGCAGAGAGAGGGCAGCUUCAGAUGCACAGAAGUCUCCGGCCCUUCUGCGCCAUGACAACCUGAAUUCCUAGGUUUCCUUUUCUCUUUCUCUUCCCAAAGUAAAUGGAGGCCGUCAUUGUUUUUCUAGCAAGCCCUGCUGGUCUUCCCUGGAAAGACCUAGAUUGGCCAAGGAAAGGGCCCUCUCAGCUCCUGGUGGAAAUUUACACAAGUCACGGUCUCUCAGCUCUCUCCAAGGAAAAUCAAAGAAUGUUCUUUCUUUCUAACCUGGAAAUCAGGCUUCAGGGGUCUUUAGAUGGCUUCUUAGUGGGGGUUGAUUUUCCUUCCCCAACUCUGAAUCCAGGAAGAAGCGAAUCCCCCAAGGGCUAACCAAGGACAAUGCCCUUGGGGGAAAAUAAGCCCCCAAAUCUGGCCCGGGAAUGGGUUGGCAAGCUGUCAUCUGCUGGGGGUAGGGGUCGUUGUGACCCUAGGGGUCAUUAGACUUGAGACAGGAGUUUUUUCUCAAAGCACGGUGGUAAACGGCUAGAUACAAAUCAGAACGCAGCUGAGGACUCUUACCACCAGGCUGACGGGAGGUUGGCAGGUCUCACAUCCAGAAUGGGCCACUAAGACUGAAAUCCUGGGUCACAAGCUUCCCAUUUACCUCAUUCACGUUCCUUUUUUUUUUGUUUUUCAUUCAGUAUUCGUUGAUGAUUUCUGCUACUAAAUGAUGAGAGAGUCAGCAGAUUAGUCAAAAGAAAAUCUUUAUAUAAAAUGUAAAUAUUAAUAUAAAUUAACUUGGCAUGCAACGUACUGAUCCCAUGAAGUACAUAUUAUUAAUAUGUUAUCUUAGUGUAUAAAGGAAAACUGACUGCCAUAUUUACCAGAUGUUUUUCUCUAACCAAACUUGUCUGUAAAUAUAUAAUCUGUAUAAAAAAGAGUCUAAUUUACCAUUAUUUAUGCAAUAGAAAAAAAUAAAAGUCUUUUUUUCUUUUGA